CUGAUCAUUCCUAUAAAGCAACCCCAUACCAAAUCCUCCUCACCUGAAUCCUCAGAUUUCAUCCAAAUCUCUCAUAUCAACCGUACGAUCUUCCCCCAAAAUGACUAUCUCCUCCUGUGCUUCUAGGGUUCCUCUUUCUUUCCAAUGCCGUUCAGAUCCCGCUUUUUCCGGCACUAUCCCCCGCCCCACCGCUUCACGCUUCUCGUGCAACCCACGUGUCGGUUCCGGUAACAGACCCUUCGGUAUAUCCUCCUUGAUCCUCAGGUUCCCGCCGAACUUUGUCCGACAGCUCAGCAACAAGGCUCGUAGGAACUGCAGCAACAUCGGUGUUGCUCAGAUUGUCGCUGCCUCAUGGUCUGACAACCAGCCCCCGUCUUCGGCGGCGGCGGAGGCUAAGGCCGCCGCUUCCGCCGUCUCCGCCCCGAUCGCUGCGGGUGAAGAUGUUUAUAAUGAUAAUAGUAAGGGUAGUUUAGGGUUUUGUAAUGGUAGCAGUUCUGUACAGGUUAAUGAGUCUUCAUUUUUGAAUGGUGAUGGUAGCGUUGCCAUUCAUGCUGGUGAGAGAUUGGGUCGUGGUAUUGUUACUGAUGCAAUAACUACCCCUGUGGUUAAUACAUCUGCUUACUUUUUCAAGAAAACUGCUGAGCUUAUUGAUUUCAAGGAAAAACGUCAUGUUAGUUUUGAGUACGGGCGGUAUGGGAAUCCUACUACCGAGGUUUUGGAGGAAAAGAUAAGUCAGCUUGAAGGAGCCGAAUCAACCUUGAUACUAGCCUCUGGAAUGUGCGCUAGCACCGUCAUGAUGUUAGCCCUGGUUCCAGCUGGGGGACACAUAAUCACUACAACUGAUUGUUACCGGAAAACUAGGAUAUUCAUUGAGACCUUUCUUCCCAAAAUGGGGAUCACUGCAUCGGUCAUUGACCCUGCAGAUAUAGCUGGACUCAAAUCUGCACUAGAUAACCACAAAGUUAGUCUUUUUUUCACUGAGUCGCCAACUAACCCGUUUCUUAGAUGUGUUGACAUCGAGCUGGUUUCAAAGCUGUGCCAUGCUAAAGGAGCCUUGGUUUGCAUUGAUGGAACGUUUGCUACACCUUUGAACCAGAAGGCGCUUGCGCUUGGUGCUGACAUUGUUGUGCACUCUGCAACCAAAUAUCUUGGUGGUCACAAUGAUGUGCUUGGUGGUUGUGUGAGCGGAUCUACUGACAUAGUUUCUCAAGUUCGUAUCGUGCAUCAUGUUUUAGGUGGCACUAUUAAUCCUAAUGCUGCGUAUCUGCUCAUUCGUGGCAUGAAAACGCUAAAGUUACGUAUACAACAGCAGAAUUCCACUGCGCAGAGGAUGGCCGAAGUUUUAGAGGCACAUCCUAAGGUGAAGCAUGUCUAUUAUCCAGGCUUAAAAAGUCAUCCCGAACAUGAACUUGCAAAGAAACAAAUGACUGGUUUCGGUGGUGUUGUCAGUUUUGAGGUGGAUGGUGACAUAACGACCACUAUUAAAUUCGUCGAUUCUCUAAAGAUCCCGUAUAUUGCACCGUCUUUUGGUGGCUGUGAAAGCAUUGUGGAUCAGCCAGCCAUUAUGUCUUACUGGGAUCUUAGUCAACCAGAGAGGGAAAAAUAUGGGAUAAAGGACAAUCUGGUCCGUUUCAGCUUUGGAGUGGAAGACUAUGAGGAUCUGGAGGCUGAUGUUCUUCAGGCUUUAGAGGCUAUAUGAUAGUCGUGGUUCACUUGCGCGCGUUUGUUUUGUUGUUUUUACAAUUCCGUGUUGCUUAUUUUCUUUUUGUUCUGUUGUUGAAUCUUGAUCAUUGUUUGUACUUUGUAGUUGAACGCCGUUUUGAGUGCUCUAAUAACCAACCGUUUAGCUAGAUCAAGAAAUGUGUUAUUUCA